GUGGAGCCGAUUGAAAGGCUGUGGGCUGUGUUUCAAUCGCCCAAACAGCACGAAAGCAGUCCGCCAAUUGCUGACAAGAAAAUCAAACGGUAGGAAUGGGAAUGUAUCCAGUCAGCGUCAACGUUGUUUCAGAAGCAUGAUGGGCGAUAGAGCUACCGCCAAAGGCUUUCGUUGCUGUUCGGUAGAACUCGGAGAGUCUCGACUACUCCAGCACGUUUUUGGUCAUGACGGUCGUGGUCGUGACGCAGAUGGACGCCAGUGAUACAACCAGCAUGGAUACCGGAUCUCAGCAGCCACUGAAUUCAGUUCGGUCUCUUCUCCAGUAUCCGUUCGAGAGGAGAACUAUGGUGGAAAAACUUAAUGUCAAAGAGCUUGGACCAGAUCAGCCCGACGUAAAGAUAAGCCAGUAGGAGGAGGAGAGAGGUAAACUGUACACACCAGGCUUCUGGGAAGGCUUGGCUAGCUGGAUGGAAUCACGCUAAUGCGUUAUUUUGCUUUCCGUGUUUGUUAUUCAGAACGACUGUGACAGAUGAGGCAUGGAUUGAGUCAGGAGUUACGGACAUGAAACAUUUUUCUGAGAAGGUGAAGAAACAUGAGUAGCUACACCGGGCACACAUGGACAACACCGUGAAGCUAGCUAUGCUAGGCAGAGCUAACAUUGCCAUGCAGCUAGAGACGAGGGACACAGGCUUGCAGUGAAGAAACACAAUGAAGAAGUGGAUCAGAACCGGCACAUUUUGUCCAAGAGAGAGAUGUCAACACAGUGUAUGAGCACAAGGAUGACCUCCUCAGAUGUUUCCAGAUGAUCAGAGACUCGGAUGACUUUGAUCUAAUCACUGAGAGAGAGGCAGGAGGCUUUGUGAGAAUGCUGGAGGAAGAAGAUUUCGGCUUUCUGCUGGCAUUGUGUCACAAGAUCACGCCACAUGUGGACAUGCUGUUCAACCAGCUGCAGAAGAGGAACAUUGACUCUGUCUACAUCACAGGGGUUAUCCAGAGCUUCACCAACAGUAUGCAAAAGAUCAGGUUUCAGAAGCACGUCCACACGUACAGAAUCCUACCAGACGAGGAGGGAUUCCUGGCAGUACAGACAUCUCAGGGCGUGCAGCCAAAGAGGUUUAAGACGCUCCCAGAGCUGGUGUCGCUGUACCUGCAGCCCAGUCAGGGCCUGGUCACCACGCUGCUGUACCCCGUGGACAGAGAGGAGACGGCUGUUCUCGAUGAUAGGGACUAUUCAGAUGGAGAGGAUGAGAAGCCUCCCCUCCCCCCUCGCUCCGCCUCCACCUCCACUUCCUCUGCACCAGAAACUCCCACAGAAAGCGCUCCAGCUGCUAACGGCCUUAGCACCAUCUCCCACGAGUACCUGAAGGGCAGCUACGCGUUGGACCUGGAAGCUGUUAAGCAGGGCGCCUCCUCGCUGCCUCAUCUCAACAAGACACUAGUAUCUUCCUGCAAACGUCUUAAUGGGGAGGUGGACAAGGUGUUGUCAGGUCUGGAGAUUCUCUCCAAAGUGUUUGAUCAGCAGAGUGCAUUUAUGGUCUCGAAGAUGAUCCAACAGUCGGUGAAUCAGGGUGGAGACCAGGAACUGGAGAACUUGGUGACCAAACUGGCGAUUCUCAAAGACCUGCUGUCCUCUAUAGAGAAGAAGGCUCUGAAAGCUCUACAGGACAUGAGUUUGUCCUCUCCAGGCUCCCUUCCUCUGUUCUCCAUGCGUCGCAGUAAAGCCAUUCCUGUGCAGGCCUUCGAGGUGAAACUCGAUGUUUACCUGGCGGAGCUGACAAAGAUUGGAAAGAGUCAGAAGUACACCUUAUCUGUGGAUGUGGAGGGGGGCAGGCUGGUGGUGAUGAAGAAGGUGAAGGACAACCAGGAGGACUGGAACACCUUCACACAUGACAAGAUACGUCAGCUGAUCAAGUCACAGCGGGUUCAGAAUAAGCUGGGCAUUGUGUUCGAGAAGGAGAAGGAUAAGAGUCAGAGGAAGGACUUCAUCUUUGCUAGUGCUAAGAAGCGGGAGGCCUUUUGCCAGCUGCUACAACUGAUGAAGAACAAGCAUUCCAAUCAGGACGAGCCAGACAUGAUUUCCAUCUUCAUCGGCACUUGGAAUAUGGGCUCGGUUCCUGCGCCGAAGUCUGUGGCUUCGUGGGUUUUGUGUCGCGGCCUGGGGAAGACUCUGGACGAGAUGGCCGUCACCAUCCCUCAUGACCUGUAUGUGUUCGGGACUCAGGAGAACUCGGUGUGCGACCGGGAGUGGGUGGAAACACUACGAGCUGUCCUCAAAGAUCAGACAGAACUGGAUUAUAAGCCGAUCGCGGUGCAGACGCUGUGGAACAUAAAAAUCGCUGUGUUGGUCAAACCAGAACAUGAGAACAGGAUCAGCCACGUGGGGAUGUCCAGCGUGAAGACGGGGAUAGCCAACACGCUGGGUAACAAAGGAGCCGUGGGUGUGUCGUUCAUGUUUAAUGGAACAUCGUUUGGCUUUGUGAACUGUCACCUGACAUCAGGAAAUGAGAAGAUUGCCAGGAGGAACCAGAACUACCUUGAUAUCCUGAGGCUGUUGUCGCUAGGAGACAAACAGCUGGGCUCCUUUGACAUCUCUCUGCGUUUCACACAUCUGUUCUGGUUGGGAGACCUCAACUACAGGCUGGACAUGGAUAUUCAGGAAAUUUUGAACUACAUCAACAGGAAAGAGUUUGAACCACUGCUAAAAGUGGACCAGCUCAACCUGGAACGGGAGAAGAACAAAGUAUUUUUACGUUUUGCGGAGGAGGAUAUCUCGUUUCCACCUACGUACCGUUAUGAGCGAGGCUCCAGGGACACGUACGUCUGGCAGAAGCAGAAGGCCACAGGGAUGAGGACGAAUGUCCCCUCCUGGUGUGACAGGAUCUUGUGGAAAUCGUACCCAGAAACUCACAUUGUGUGUAACUCUUACGGGUGCACUGAUGACCUCGUGACCAGUGACCAUUCCCCUGUGUUUGCUACAUUUGAGGUUGGAGUGACAUCACAGUUUGUUUCUAAAAAAGGUCUGCCAAAGUCUUCAGAGCAGGCCUACAUCGAGUUUGAGAGCAUCGAGGCCAUCGUGAAGACGGCCAGCAGGACAAAGUUCUUCAUCGAGUUCUACUCUACCUGUCUGGAAGAGUUUAAGAAGAGCUACGAGAACGACAGCCAGAACAGCGACAAUGUCAACUUCCUCCGUGUGGGCUGGUCCAACAAGCAGCUGACAACUCUCAAGCCCCUCCUCUCAGAGAUCGAGUACCUGCAGGACCAGCAUCUGCUGCUCACCGUCAAAUCAGUGGACGGUUAUGAGUCCUACGGAGAGUGUGUGUUGGCGCUAAAGUCGAUGAUCGGCAGCACAGCCCAGCAGUUCCACACUUACUUGUCCCACCGAGGUGAAGAGACGGGAAAUAUCCGGGGUUCCAUGAGGGUCCGAGUGCCCGCUGAGAGGAUGGGAACCAGGGAGAGGCUGUACGAGUGGAUCAGCGUGGACAACGAUGAGACUGGAGGACCCAAAGGGAAAUCCACCAUGGUGUCCAGAGUGGGACACGAUUAUGUCAAACAGUCUGUGGUGCGUAAACAGCUGGGAGAGCUGGGAAAGGUCACCGAGGAGGGCGAGAGAAACAGCAAAGAGGAAAUCACUUUGAGACCCAAACAGGACCCAUCAGAUGGAGAUUCAUCCAUCAGCAAGAACAGCUACAAUAACCCCGCCUACUACAUUCUGGAGGGUGUUCCCAACCAAUCUGCUGCAGCAAUUUCUCCCGAGCUCCUCCCAUCGCCCACCUCCUCCAACCCCCCAGCAGCCAAACUCCCCCCUUCUUCAGCUGGGGUGCGAAUCAAACCGCCUCCUGCGACCUCAGGACCUCCUCAUCCACGCAGACCUGGGACAGCGCAGGAGUGCUCCUCAGGGGAUGAUGGAGGAGCAGGUGUAGUGGGACAAGGAGGAGGAGGAGGAGGUGUCUUGGGGACCGUCGGUGGCACAAUGAAUCGACCCCCUCCCGACUUCCCCCCACCCCCGCUCCCUAAAGGAGCUCUAGAGAUGGCUGCAGAGGCCCCGUUCAACAAACCCCGCUCUCUUUACCCAGACCUGGCCGAGGUCAGGAUCCCGCCAGCUGGACCCAGCGGCCCCCUCGCACACGGAGAGGGCUUUAGGCGAGGAGGUGGGGGCGGGACGGGGGCGCUGGACGAUCAGUCCUGUUCAGUUCUGCAGAUGGCAAAAACUCUGAGUGAGAGCGAGUUUCCUGGCCAGCCUCCACGUGCUCCGUCGGCACCGCUGCUGCCGCGAGGGCAGCCUAUGGGCUUGGGCCUGGAAGCCUGCCGCACGUUCCCACCCAGACACCCCAUCCCGGAGAGCAUCGCCGAGGACAUGCCAGAGGAGGCUCUUUGGGGGAGCAGUAGUUCAUCUCUGUCUGUGGGGGAGUCUUCAGUGGGGGAGUGGCUGCAGAGAUUGGGUCUGGAGAAGUAUGAGCAGGGUCUUCUUCACAACGGCUGGGACGACCUGGAGUUCCUCAGUGACAUCACAGAGGAGGACCUGGAGGAGGCAGGCGUGCUCGACCCCGCCCACAAACAAAUUCUGCUGGAAAGCCUCAGGCAGCAGCAGCAGAAGUAAACAGCACCAAACUGGUCUUAGACUGGUCCAAACCGGCCUGGGACAACUUCAGGUCCCAAGAGGCCAGAUUUCAGCUGAACUGCACUAAGCUGGAGCACCCUGAUGCCAGAAAAGUGCCUUCUCAGAGAAAUUGCACUCAUUAGUAUUUUUUAUUUUCAAGAACAUCUUCUGAACCACCGUUCUUCUUUUGUUUGUGCUGUAUGUGCGUUGUCAUGGUUACAGACAUUGCCUUUUUUUAAGGAGAGUCAUUUCAGUCUUUCAAGCAUCACUACAUCACCGUUGGCUUAUUAAUGCAGACGCAUCUGUUGCUGUGAGGGGGUUAAAUAUUCAUCCUGUUUCCAGUUUGGAUUCCAUAACAACUCAUCCCUCUGAGUCUGUUUUUAUGUUUUCCCUUCGUCGUCAUCAUAAACAUUUAGACUGUGAGGAUCAUCAUUGGUGACUGGAGGGAAACGUCCCGUCGGGUUCCGUUACUGAGGCAAACAGGAAGUUGUGACAGAAGAAGCUAGCUGGUCCAGUUCAAGUGAGCACAACUCACUGUUUUGUUACUUCCAGUUGUGUGUGUUUAUUCAGUGGUGGCCUGAGGAGAGUGUGUCUGCACGUAUUUAUGGUUGAAUGUUUAAUGUUUUGUGACAAAAGGGAAUUUUCAGCCAACCAAAUGAAUAUUUUACUGUGUUUUUCAACUGAUGCAACAUUUUAUUAUCAGUUAUAGUUAAUUAUCCCCACACAUUACUGUACAAAGCACAAUUAUUAGGUUUCUAAGGAUUCAUUAGAAUAUAAAAGCAGCUCUGUGGUGUGAUGUGACUGAAUUAUACAUUUCAUGUGUUCAUAGUCAGGAUGCUACAUUUACUGAAGAUGUUUAAUUUAAAUUAAUCUUACCCAGCAUUCAUUGGGUUUGACUUUUUAACAUUUUACUCGUUUCAUGGUCUAUAUUCUGAAUGGUGCAGUGUUCAGGGAAGAUUUAAUAAUCCAUUAUUUGUAUCCAAAACGUUUUUCUUCUGUAAUCUACCAGGAUUUAUUUUUGUGUUUCUUUAUAAUAACUGGAGACAUUUAUUUCAUUAUUUUUUUAUUUGCAGAUUUUACAUAUUUCAACAGUAAAACCACAAAUUCUGCAGAUUUGCUGUAGGGCAAGAGGAUGCAAUCCCUGGUGUAACCAGUGGGUGGUGGUGUUGGUCCAUAAAUCAGUAGAAAUUGAUUUCUUGGCCUGUUUUAAAAAUUCCCUUACACUGUUUUUAGGAUCACACUAAAUUUUAUGGUCGUUAAACAACAGCUUUUAAAUGGCAACGUCCUAACAUCAAAACUCUAAAUGAUAUUUCUGACAGGAUAUUUUUUACUGACUCACAGAAAAAGAUUUCAUAUUCCUGUUUCCUGUUUUACAGCCAAAUAAGAUGGGUUUUCUGUUUAAAUGUGUUCAGUAUAGUUGUUUUUGUAAACCUUUCAGUGUUGUGUGUGUGUGUGUGUGUGUGUGUGUGUGUGUGUGUGUGUGUGUGUGUGUGUGUGUGUGUGUGUGUGUGUGUGUGUGUGUGUGUGUGUGUGUGUUUCUGUGUGACAAACAAAGAGACUUGCCGUUGUUAUGUAGUCUUCUGCUGUAGUUGUGUUAAGUCACUCCUGUAUUUGUUUUUUCAAUUAAAAUCUAAUCUUCGCA